CAUUGUAGUACUUUUCAGUGGUGACCGGAUAGAAAAUAGCGGUUCCAUGUAAAAUAUCAGUCGUUAUCUUAGAUAAGUUACCGCGAUCGCCGGCCAUGUUUUUAUUCAGUCGCAGUUUUUCCGACGCGUGAGCACAUUCUGUGCGAUUUUAUUUACUUUUUUGUAAAAAAAUACAUCAAAUCAAAAUGGGUUGUGGUGAAUUUCUGGUUAAAUACAUACUGUUCUUCGCGAACCUAUUUUUUGCGCUGGCCGGGCUGGCGCUGUUAGGUCUGGGCGUGGCGGUGCAGCUGCAGGUGGCGCAGGUGGAGGACGUGCUGAAGGGCUCGCCGGUGUUCCAGCUGACACCCAUCGGCGCCAUCGUGCUGGGAUGCAUCGUCUUCGUGGUCGCCUUCUUCGGCUGCUGUGGGGCUAUUAGAGAGAGCAACUGCAUGCUGAUUACUUACGCAAUCUUCAUGAUAGUGCUGAUGGUGCUGAAGAUAGCCCUGGCGACGCUGAUCUUCGUGAAGCAGGACCAGCUGCUGGACGACAUCCCCACGUGGCUGGCAGAAGCCUUCGCCAAGGACCGCCAAGGGUUCAUGGAGAUACAACAAUCUUUCAGCUGCUGCGGUGUGACGGGCCCGGAGUCGUACCUGAACGUGAUGCUGCCGGAGUCGUGCUGCGCCGGCACGCCGUGCACCAUCGUGAACGCGCACCCCGGCUGCAACAAGGUGCUCAGCGAGUUCUUCAAGACCUUCGGCUUGGCUAUCGGCGUCGUUGCCAUCGUUGUUGUCGCGGUUGAGUUGGUGGCAGUUGUGUUCGGGCUGUGCCUAGCCAACCACGUGCGCAACAAGAGCAGAAGAACGCGUUACUAGAUGUUGAGUUAUAAUAUGUAUAUAGGCCGUGCGAAACAUCUAGUGAUCUUACAGCUUGGAUGUUUCCUGAAAAUCUUUACCGAAGUUAUCCAUCAAUGGACGUAUUUUCUGAAAAAUGUCACAAAAAUAUUACAAAGGGGUAAUCACAAUGAGAACGGUGUCAGCCAUAAUCUGCCAAUGUACUAAGUGCGGAUUUGCAGAUUUCACACACGUUUGAGAACAUUAUGAAGAACUCUCAGGCAAGGAGGUUUCCUCACGAUGUUUUCCUUCACAAAGUAAAGUGAUAUUCCUUAGAUGUGCGUAAUCGAACCUCUGACUCCCCUCCCCGAAUUUAAAAUGCGAUAUGUCAUUUCACCCGAAUUGCCCAGUACUCAGUUUUUCAUAAUAUAGGUUGGAACAUUUUCAGAAAAUACGCUGAAUUUUUUUGGAGAGCCAGAAUUUUUGCAAUGGUCUGUUAGAGACGCCGUAAAUCUUACUCAUUAUUUUACUUUGCUUAUUCAAUGACUGAACACUGCUGGGCUAUGAGCGCCUCAUUAGUAAAUUGCUGUUUUUUUACUUUAAUUGUAUAGAAAAAGUGACAAAACCAAAAGGCAACGACGCAGACGCUUGUGUAUUCGGACAUAAUAUUAUGUAAUUGUAAAGCAUCGGACAUAAUAUAUAAUGUACUAAGUACUUUCAUGUACUUACUCCUGGAUUUAUAGAUAAGUAGGACUAGGUAGGUACAGGGCUCUAUUAGAAUAAAUUAAACUUUAAUAAUAUCAGGUAUAAAAUAUUUAACUUGCCUUUCUUUGAAGAGAUAUCUAGGUAUAAAAAAGUUGGCAUGGCAUACCUUUUUAGUCAUGUCUAUUCAUUAAGUAGGCCUUUUUCCUUUUUCGUUUAAAACCAUUGAAUUAAAUGUACAGAAGGCUAUUCCAAACAAAAAUAGUGCUCCAUGAAGCUAUCAUACUUAAAAUUAUACUGGCCAUCAAGCGUAUAAGCAAAAGCCGGACAAUUUUUUUAUUUGGAAUGGCUAAUUCAGUGCGUAGUAGGUAUUCCGUACCCAAUUUAAAUAUAAGUAGUUAGGUAUUUUUUGUAAUAAAUAACUAUAAAUACC